AUGAGGGUUUCGACUUUACUCCUCGCAGUUACCACCUGCGUUCUCGCAGAGGACGGCUUGGACGGCUGGCUCCGAUAUGCUCCCCUGCCAGCCAAAUAUGUCUCCAGCCAUGCCAAGUCCCUGCCACGCAACAUUCGGGUUAUUGGUGGCUCCAAGGACAGCCCGCUGCGAAGCGCCGCGUCAGAGCUCCAGAAAGGCUUCAGCGGUAUUCUUGACAUUGACUUGAAGACUGCAACCAACCAAAAGACUUGCGAUUUCUCGCAAACAAUCGUGGUUACCACUGAAGACAACCUCGACAAAGCCUGCCACAGCAAACAGUCUCACCCCAAGCUUGAAGAGGAUGGCUACUGGCUAAGUACCUCCGGCGACUCUGUCAAGAUCAUCGGACAGAAUGAGCGUGGUGCUCUUUACGGUGCUUUUGAGUACCUCUCCAUGCUUGGACAGGGCAACUUCAAGAAGGUGGAGAAGGCUUCAAACCCCAGUGCGCCCAUUCGGUGGGCAAACCAAUGGGACAACCUCAACGGAAGCGGUACCCACGGUCCCAUUGAAAGAGGAUACGGCGGCCCUUCCAUCUUUUUCGACGGUAUCAAGAACGUCAAGAAGGAUCUCUCGCGCGUGCCUCUUUUCGGUCGCCUUCUUGCUUCUAUCGGAAUUAACGCUGUUGUUAUUAACAACGUCAACGCCGAUGUGCGCCUCUUCAACAAGGAGAACCGAGACGGUCUCGUCGAGAUCGCCGACCUUCUUCGUCCAUGGGGUGUCCAAGUUGGCCUUUCCCUCAACUUUGCCUCGCCCAAUCUGACUGGUGAUCUUGACACCUUUGAUCCCCUUGACAAGAGAGUGGUCAAGUGGUGGCACGACUUGACGGAUGGUCUCUACGAGCGCAUUCCCGAUAUGGCCGGAUAUCUGGUCAAGGCCAACUCCGAGGGACAGCCCGGGCCUAUCACAUACAACAGAACUUUGGCUGACGGUGCCAACAUGUUUGCCAAAGCCCUUGAGCCUCAUGGUGGUGUCGUCAUGUUCCGAGCUUUUGUCUAUGAUAAGCUUGACUGGACUGACUGGAAGGCGGAUCGCGCCAACGCUGCUGUGGAGUUCUUCAAGGAGCUUGACGGAAAAUUCGACGACAACGUCGUGGUUCAGGUCAAAUACGGUCCCAUUGACUUCCAGGUCAGAGAGGCCCCCAGUCCGUUAUUCGCUCAUCUUCGAAACACCAAUGCUGCGAUCGAACUACAGAUCAGUCAAGAAUACCUAGGCCAGCAGUGCCACCUUGUCUAUCUCCCACCCCUUUGGCGAAAUAUCCUUGAUUCCGAUCUUCGUAUCGACGGCAAGAAGUCUCCUGUGCGAGACGUGGUCUCUGGAAAGGUCUUCAAGCGCCGUCUGGGUGGAUACGCCGGAGUCACCAACGUCGGCACAGACAAGACCUGGCUGGGAAGCCACCUUUCCAUGUCGAACCUUUACGCCUUUGGCCGCAUGGCUUGGGAGCCUACCUCGGAUCCCCAGGCGAUUCUAGAGGAUUGGACUCGAUUGACCUUUGGCCUGGAUGACAAGGUCCGCAAGGCUAUCACGGAUAUGUCUAUGGCUUCUUGGCCUGCGUAUGAGAGUUACACCGGCAAUCUCGGUACCCAGACCUUGACCGACAUUCUCUAUGCUCACUAUGGUCCUAACCCGGCUUCGCAAGACAACAACGGAUGGGGCCAAUGGACCAGAGCUACACGCACCCACAUCGGAAUGGACCGUACCGUCAGCAACGGCACAGGAAACGCAGGCCAAUAUCCUGCUGAAGUAGCCGAGCGAUACGAAAAGCCUGAAACUACUCCCGAUGACCUCAUGCUCUGGUUCCAUCACGUUCCGUAUACCUUCAAGCUCCAUUCCGGCAAGACAGUCAUUCAACACUUCUACGAUGCCCACUACGAAGGUGCAAAGACUGCUCAGACAUUCCACAAGACCUGGGACUCCCUCAAGGGCAAGGUAGACAAGGACCGAUUCGAGCACGAGAUGUUCAGACUCAAGUACCAAGCCGGCCACUCUAUCGUGUGGAGAGACGCUAUUAGCGAAUUCUACCGCAAUUUGUCUGGAAUCGCUGAUACAAAGGGACGUGUCCGCAACCACCCGUACAGGAUUGAGGCGGAGAAGAUGGAGCUCGACGGAUACCGCCCAGUCAACGUCACCCCUACGGAGACCGCCUCCAAGUAUGUUGCUGUGUACACAGACAGCACUGGCACAGCUUCCACAACACUGAAAUUCCCCAAGGGUACUUAUGACAUCGCCGUUAAUUACUACGAUAUUGUCAAGGGCAAAGCUACCUGGGCUCUUUACCUUAACAACCGAUUGAUCGGUAAGUGGGUUGGCGAUAACGAGGAAAGACUGGGCCAUUGGCCGAGUGAGUUCCUCGACGGGCACUCUGCCAUACGAAUGACAUUCGAGGGAGUCAAGAUCAAGCCAGGCGAUAAGCUGGUGGUUAUCGGAAAGGCUGAUGGUGCGGAGAAAGCUGCCUUGGACUAUAUUUCGGUCUUGCCGCAGGGUGUUGUUGACUAA